AUGAAAAUAAGAAGCGAGUCCGAAAACCGAGAAGGCCUCUUACGCUUGCCUAGAACAGAGGACACGGAUGCAAUCACACCGAUUAGGAAAGACUAUCAUAUCCCCCAAAACCUCUCGCCGAUUCCGGAGCAGGACAGUCCGGUCAAGACGAAGGACAUGCAAAGACCAUCUUCUUCAACAUCAAUACCGGCACAGGACAGCCCAGUCAAGACGAACGGCUUGCAGAGACCAUUUUCUCCAACGCCCAUAAAGGCUUCACGGGGACAUAGCAUGGGAGAUGUGGACGCGAUAACUCCGGCGGCGAAGCCUACCCGGCUCUCGACGGUGCAGGAGGUCUCAUCCAUCAAACCUAGUCUUACCAGUUUCCCGCCACUACCGGACAGUCCUAUCAAAGGGAACGAAGACGAGGAGAAAGAAGUGAAACAAGAAGCAGUCAAAGAGCUGGAUACUGACAGACCACAAGUUUCUCAUGGUCCGGGCGCGUACAAUAUCGACACUAUCAGGGGAAAUCCGCGAAAGAAGUUCGUUAUGGAGAGGAAGGGCCUUUUUGAAGCGAUGGGAACCGGAGGACAACGGGAGCAGGAUGGUAAUGCUGUAGAAAGAUCAGAAAGAACAAGAGAGCCAUCCAGUCCGGAAUUCUUUUGA